AUGGACCAUUCCGUACAUUGUGUUAUAUUGAAUCAUGAAACACGUUCUACCAUAUCACAACAAUUCAAAUUGAAUUUAUUGACAAACAUAUUCAAUCAACAACAACCAACUAGCAUGUCCUAUCCAGACCUCAGAAUUGUUUUUGAUUUUUUCACCGACAACCCACAAAAAUUAGUGAAACAAAAGGGCCCCCAGCGGCAAACACCUACUACCCCUCUACAACAAAGCCCUGGCUAUGAAAAUGAGAGCGGUGGGUGCCUCCCGGUUGUGGCAGACCCCUAUUGGAGUAGCAUUAGAAAGAUGCAGGUGGAUACAAAUUUCAUGGAGGCUCAGUACCCAUACCUACAUUACAUCGUCUACAACCAGCCGACUAAUGACGUCAGUGUGAGAUUGACAGAUCGAAGAAAUGACAGCAUGAUAUCGAGGCCCGCCAGGAGUCCGCUACAACUUGCCUCAUUAGAAAGGGCCAACAAAGCUAGAGGAGUCUACCAGGAGAUGUGCACCUACGUCACUCCACACACGCCCCUCCUGCCGAAACGACCUUCCAACCCCAACACAGCCUUUUCCGUUUCCGCCUUCAAAACCGUCGGUAACUUGAACAGCCUGGACCAGAACUGGACCUAUUGGAGUGGUGCCGAUUACAUUGUUGAAAACAUACCGAAACGCUUGAAACUCGAACGAGUGACAUUCCACAAGAUUCGUCUGGGUAGUAGCAGCAGCAGUAGCAGCCUCACUGGCGGUGGAAGCAGUUACAGCUACAGCGAUACGAUGUCGUUGUUAGGAUCGCCCGUGUCGUCGCAGCACCACCAGCACUACCACAACUACAAUUACCACUGCAGCAAUAACGAGAAUUUCAACGACGACGAUUCAUUUUCGUACGUCCUGCUGUGUGAGAUCGGCGAUGCUUUGGUUGAUAUGAAUAGGACGAGAGAGUUCAUCGACACGCUGAAGUACAGGCAGUGUGGUGUCACCUCCAUGUGUGUCAUCGACCACUUCUUCUAA